AAAAAUGAGUAGGCCUAUGUUGUUCACAGUGUAGCCGUUUUCUUGUCUUUCAGUCUAGGUGUCUCAUAAAGACAAAAAAAGGAAUCCAGUAAUGGGGAAACAAAAGACCAAAACAAAUGUAAGCCAUUAUUUGCAAAGCAAUGCAGUGGGCUGGACCAGCGCGAUAUGAGGCCCUAUUCGCUCUGCGCACGUACUGUAGGGAGGGGCGCCCUGCUUCCUCUCGAGCGCGGCAGCAGUCGGUUCAAGCGAAAAGGAAAGCAAACUCUGUGUCCUCUGCUGCUGGUCUGGGAGAUAAAGUCACGGCAGUCCCACAUCUGUUGGUGAAAAAUGGAUAAACAAAAGGCUGUAAAACGCAUGUUGAAAAAUCUGUCAAAGGAGAACUUUACCAAUUUCUGCCACGAGCUUAUGACCCGCAAAAAAGAGCCGCGGGUCGCACGCAACAGGGUGGAGGGGAAAAGCGACUUGGAUAUCCUAGAUGUGCUGAUUUCCACUUUUGAUGAGACCGGAGCUGUCGAAGUGGCAGCGGAGUUAUUGAACGAGAUAAAUUGCAAAAAUGAAGCAGACCAACUGUUGAAAGAUACAGGUGUUAAAUACUCAGAACCUGGAUCCAGUAACAUGGUAGCUACGGGUGGACCGUCCUCAGGUAAUGAAUCAAAGAACACUGCGGGACCCUUAGCUGGAGGGACGGCAGCUCAAUACACCAUGGUAGACGGUGAGCACUUUGUGGAUAAACAUAGAACCGAGCUGAUCAACAGAGUGAACUGCGUUGCAGACAUUUUGGAUCAGCUCCAUCAGGAAAAGGUCAUCACUCAAUCGAGUUAUAGUGAUAUCAUGGUAAUCCCAACCUCUCAGAAGAAGAUGAGGGAACUCUUCAGUGGUCCCCUGAAUGCAGCAGGGCUUCGUGGCAAAGACGUCUUCUACAGAAUCCUUGAGAAAGAGGAGAAAUAUCUCAUUGAGGAGCUAAAGGGAAAUAAGUGAAUGUUGUAGAGAAAUCAUUUUUUAGACUAAACGUACAUUGUGCCUCAAGAAAGAAAGCAUCUUAAACGAUUCACAUGGG